GUAAACUGUGCAGUUAGUUUUUAUUUUUGUCUAUAUUUAAUGCUCCAUGCAUGCGACUAAAGAUUCGAUGUGACGGAGAAUCUUGAAAAUUUUUGCGAACUAAACAAGACCUCACCCAAAAACUGGGAUUAAUAACUCUAAAAAUCACGACUACAAUUUAAAUCUUGUAUAAGGUGAUUAUACUAGUGGUACAUAUAUGAACAGGCCAUAGAAACACUCGAAUAUUGUUUUCCUCCACCGCAUAUAUACAUGCUACUACAUAAGAACACAAAAGAGUAAGAGAAACUUCAGGUGUGCCUAGCUAGUAGAAUCCAACAUCCGGAUCUGACAUAUGUGUUAACCUGAUCAAUGCAAGUCCUAACCGACAGUUGAGGCCCUCGUUUCUUCUGAAUUAUAAGAUGUUUUUAUUUUUCUAGAUAUAUUAUUUUUAUUAUAUAUUUGGAUAUGAUGUAUAUCUAAGCGUAUAAUAUAUCUCUCUUGUAAUUUAGAAUACAGGGGUUUUGACAUCAAAGAAUAAGCUUUACCCACUGACAGAUGCCUGUUACUCUAUACUAAUUUAUACUUCAAUUCAUAGUUUAUACUAAUAUAUAAUCGACAGACUUGCACUGUCUGAAAUGGAACAGAUAAAGAUUAACUGCAUGGUAGGAGCAGUUAGUAGAGUAUGUUCACAGAGUAGAGUACAGUAGCAGCAUUACUCCAAUGAGCCACUGCACGUGAAUUGCCUAACUGAAGUGCCCUCGAAUGAUGAGAUUCGUAGCGAGAAAUCCGGGGCUCAAGGAUGUGUAGGGCCUGCAGCAUCAUCUGCUCCAGAACACCACGCCGAGACCUUUAUUCUCAGUUUCACUUUGGCCAUUGCCUUUACCAUUCAGCGUACGUCAGGACUCGAGAUGCUCCUUUCCUUCCUACACCUAUUCUUUUUUUCACCUAAAAAGCAUCACAGUCACAGAACCUCCAUUAACCCCUCGGGACUGGACCGAAUCAUCUGCUUUGGUACUAAUCUGAUCGUGAGCUUUACGACCGUGAAGGACGCAAGCCCAUCUCAAGCGAAAUGAUCUGCUGUUUUUACAUGUUGUUGCGGCAUGCGUGGUCACAUGAGGUUUCAGAGUUCCCAAGAAAGAGAAGCUCUGUGUGAUGCCAGUGACAUCAUGCCGCGUGCGCCAACUGUUCCGAGAGCGACGGCACGGGACCGCCAUUGCCUUUGCCCAUCUACUCUCGUGUCCUUUUACCUCCACAGGAAUCUCUGUCCUUCCGUAAUGUAAUGUGUAGAAGAAAAAAAAAUUGUCGCUGUGAAUUUCUUACUUACUCGCUGUCGAUGGUUUUUCCUGCGCCGCAGCUGGGUGGGAGGAGCAACGCCACGUCGUCGGCGUCGGCGAAGGCGAAGCAGGAGCAGCGCGAUGACUGCCACCUCAUGGGCCUGACGUGGCUGCUGAAUCGGAACGCCACGCGGCACCGCGAGGCGGCCACGGCGGUCAUCCAGGCGCUCAUGGCUGCAGACGAGGCCGGCGCGGGCCACCAGCCCACCUGCUCGCUCCCCGCCGGCGAUGAGCUGCCUGUGGCCGUCGGCUCCUCGCAGAUUAACGCCGCCACGUCCGCAUCGAUGUCUUCCGCCGUUGGCAGCCUGCUUCUGGUCUUGCUUGGUGCUGCCGUCGUCUUCUUGUCCUGCUGUUUCUGAUGAAAUAUGGUUGCAGAUCGAUAUGUGUCGCAUGGCAUGGUCUCUUCGUUACUACUAGUACUUUUUUAGUUCUUUUUUUCGCAGUAGUUCGGACAAGAUUUAGAGUUAAGAUGUGGGGUGGACCUCGUUAUGCUGUAAUUAUAUGUUUUAUCCUUCACCUAAUUAUGGUGGCAUGAAUGAAUCUCACGUAGAUUCUAUCUUAAACGGGAUACAUAAAAUUCGAUCG